UAAUAGUACUGUUUUAUGACUUAUUCACUUGUAGUUCAUGCUGAAGAUGAUGUCAAGACUGACAAAGACGUUUUAGCCACAAACAUGGAAAAGCUUGAGAAGGAACCGAAAGUUCAUUCUGAAGAUGUUAUUGAAACAAAAAACGACAAGGACAUUUCAGCCACAAAGGUAGAAAAGCUUGAGAGGGCACCAAACUCUCAAGUAGAAGGUAAAUCCAUGAAGAAACGGAAAAGAACUGUGAUUUCGAGAAGUCUGCUUGAUGAAGGGAUUGGUUCAGAAAAACAAAGGGUUGCUAAGACAGUCAUAUUUGGUGGUAUUCUUAAUGCUAAUGUGGCAGAGGAAGUACACCGUCAAGCAAGGGACUGUGGCACAAUAUUUUCUGUCACCUACCCUCUUCCCAGAGAAGUGCUUCAGCAUCAUGGACUAGCUCAAGAUGGAUGUAAAAUGGAUGCUUCUUCUGUACUUUUUAUGAGUGUAAAAUCGGCCCGUGCAUGUGUUGCAGUGUUGCACCAAAAGGAGAUACAUGGGCAAUCUAUUUGGGCACGUCAGCUGGGUGGAGAGGGCUCUAAAACUCAGAAGUGGAAACUCAUAGUGAGGAAUCUCCCAUUCAAGGCUGAAGUUGCUGAGAUAAAAGAUAUGUUUGCUUCUGUUGGAUGUGUGUGGGAAGUUUUUAUUCCUCGAAAUUCUGAGACUGGGUUAUCUAAAGGAUUUGCAUUUGUUAAAUUCACGUCGAAGGGGGAAGCUGAAAAUGCUAUCAAGAAAUUUAACGGGAAACAAUUCGGUAAAAGACCCAUUGCUGUUGAUUGGGCUGUUCCGAAAAAGGUUUAUACAUCUGGCAGCAAUUCUGUUGCCGCCUUAGAAGACGGACAGCAUGACAUUGAUGGAGAUGACAGUAGUGAUUCUGAGGAUGAUGAUUUGGAAGUCACAAAAGAAUCACAAUCUCAUAGUGUUGAUGCUGCUGCUGACGAGUUGAAUUCAGUUGAAGUAGAUGAUAGUACCUAUGAAGUUGAUUUUGACGUGGAAGCAGAAGUUGCAAGAAACGUACUCAAGAGGUUCAUUUCAUCAUCUUCUAGAAAGGCAACCACUUCUGGCAAUGAUGACCCAGAGUCAUCUGAGGGGAAAAACGGUAAUGAAAUUGUUCAAUUACAAGAUAAAUCAGUUGAUGCAUCCAGUUCCCAUGCAGUAGAACAAGUGAAUGCUUUGGGAAGUGAACAAAUUAGUCCGGCUGAAGGAGAGAAUGACUUGCGCAGCACUGUUUUCAUAACUAAUCUUCCUUAUGACAUUGACAAUGAAGAAGUGAAACAACGUUUCUCUGCAUUUGGUGAAGUGCAGUCGUUUUUUCCCGUUCUUCAUCAACUGACCAAGCGACCCAGGGGGACUGGAUUUCUGAAGUUUAAAACAACAGAUGCUGCUGAUGCUGCAUUUUCAGCAGCCAAUGCUGUAUCUGGUUUAGGUAUCUUUCUAAAAGGAAGACAGCUGAAAGUUCUUAGGACUUUGGACAAGAAAACAGCUCAGGAUAAGGCACAGGAGAAGUCCCAAAAAGAGGUCCUUGACCACCGCAAUCUUUACCUGGCAAAGGAGGGUCUUAUCAUGGAAGGGACACCUGCUGCUGAAGGAGUUUCAGCAAGUGACAUGUCAAAGCGCAACAAGUUGCACAAUGAAAAGAUGACUAAGCUUCAAUCUCCAAACUUUCAUGUUUCAAAGACAAGACUGAUCAUAUACAAUGUGCCAAAGUCAAUGAAAGAAAAAAGUCUCAAGAAACUUUGUAUAGAUGCUGUUACUGCUCGAGCUACAAAGCAAAAACCCACGAUUUGGCAGUUGAAAUUAUUGAAGGAUAAGAAAGGAAAGGAAGGAGAAAAAAGUCGUCCACGUGGAGUAGCCUUUGUUGAAUUCACGGAGCAUCAACAUGCACUUGUGGCCCUGAGAGUUCUUAACAAUAAUCCAGAAACUUUUGGUUCUGAGUGUCGCCCGAUUGUGGAGUUUGCUUUAGAUAAUGUCCAGACACUGAAGCUUCGUAAAGAAAAACUUCAAGCUCAGAAGGCUUCUCUUGAUGAUGUUGGAGAUUUGCAGCAAAAUGACCCUGUAAACACCGGGGAAUCCCUUGCAAACAAGAAUCCCAGAAAGCGGAAACCAAGAGUAGAUAAGACGAUAAAGAAGAUUGGUAGUAAGAAGGGAAGUGAAUCGGAGAAUAAAGCUAUUGAAGUAACUACAACUGAGGUAGGCGGGGCUACCAAGCAGCAGAAAGGUUCUCCGCGAAGUAGGAUGGAUGGUACAUUACCAGAGAAAACCUUAAAAGGCUCAAAGCAGCAGGUAGAGAACCAGCAGAAAAGAAGGAAGCCCAAUGAAGGAGAAUCAUUACCAGUGGCAAAUACCCAUAAGCAACAACUGUUGGAUGACUCAAACUUGAAAAGAAAAAAAAGAGGGUUUCAAGAUCUAACUAAACAACCGAAAGAAGGUAGUAAUCCAAGGAAAAGAGGUAAAAAGAAUAAUGAUCCACUGGGAAGAGAUGUAGUGGAUAAACUGGACAUGUUGAUCGAACAAUAUAGAUCCAAAUUUACGCAUAACAAUUCUAAUCCAACUGAUGACAAGAAGCAAGGCUCCAAGCAGCUCAAGAGGUGGUUCCAAUGAAUUUUUUUUCUCAAGUUAGAUAAGUUACGAGUGUAUUUAUUUCCCUGUACUUAGAGCUGACAAUAUACUUGUUUCCUUUGGAAUUUUGCGUUAACCCAAUCAAAUUGGAUUUUUUUGACCUAUUAUGGUGCUUUAUGUAAGAUGAAAACUUGACAGUCC